UUAUUUGGUUUUCAAAGCAUUUUCUCUUCUCUUUUCUUUUGAGAGUGUGUGGGAGGCAUGCAUGAGAUCGUUAUUUCCUUCGCUUUUUCAUUAUUUUUUAAUUGUUUCUCUCCCCUUAAAUUACAGGCUUUACAAGAACAAUAUGGACUUGAUGUUGCUCAGCAAGGAAUGGGGAUGUUGCUUGCCAUGUUGUCCAAGAUGUUUGAUUCACUACAACAGGCAUAUAAAGGUCAAAUUGUUGGAGUAAUCUUGUUUAAUGGGAGACCUCAUCCAGAGUCAGAAAGCUCUCUCAAUCUCAUGUAUACAUCUCGGUCAUCUCCACGUUGGUUGGCUGAAACUGAGGGCUUCUCUAAUGCAACCCUAGAUGAUGAGGUGCUACUCGUGAGAAGGACCCUUGCUUGGCUAACAGGGGUUAUUCUUCUCAUCGCAACUCUCUUAGGGAUUUAUUUCCUUCUCAACAUGCCUCUCACGAGGGACACUCUCUUGUAUUCAAAUGUCAAGCUGGAGUAAAGUGAAAUAAAGCAUCAUCAUCAAAAUUCAGCAUCAGAGGCGGCGGAGGAUGCCUUUGGACCACAUACUAUUCCAGAGAUGUUUUUUGAAGCUGUUUUCUAUAUUAACGCCCAUUCUUUCUCAUGCUGUGUUGUAGAACAUCAAGGUUGCUUUGAGGAUUCUCACUUUCGGGUAUUAAGGAUUUGGGCAUGUAAAAUCUUUGUUGGCCAACUGAGGGUGCUAAUGUUAUAGCAAGGUGAAAAGAGUAAAAGCUAAGAUGAUAAUUCUGCAGCAAUUAUGUGUUUAUUUUUAGGGUUUUGCUGUUAUAUGUAUUUGAUUUGAGACACUUCUUUUAUGGAAGUAUCUGAGUUGACACUUAUUUCUGAAUAAUGGAAAAGAUGAUAAUCUCUUUGAAUUCA